AAUCUUAAUCCGGAUUAACAAAAUCUUAAAUACUUACAUUCAACAUUUUUUUGAUAGGCACAACUGUACAAGAAGAGAGUGAGAGUGACCAAAAAAAAUAAAAAAUACCUCCCUAUAAUACCCCCAGACACCAAUCUCUUCAAUUUUCACAAAUGGAAAUUAUUCUAUGCACCGACAGUGUAAGUGACCCAACCCUCAUAAAAUAAUCUCAAUCCUUGAUAUUUAUUAUCAACUUUAUUUUUAAUAAAUAAAAAGUGUAUUUAAUGCAAUCUAACCAUUCAUUUAUGUUGGUGCAAGUGCACGGCGGUGCUCUGAAUAAUCUCUCUUUCACAAAUAGGGUGCGCAUUUUCCAUACUAACAAAACCGUCACCUCAGAAACCCCCAGCUUCCCAUCUCUUUAUCGGAGACGCAUGAAUACAACCCCCACCGUCUGCCACGUGGUGGCAGUGCCAUAUCCCGGCAGAGGCCACGUCAACCCCAUGAUCAACCUCUGCAAACUACUAGCUUCAAAGAAAGACCACAUUCGAAUCACCAUUGUCGUCACAGAGGAGUGGCUUGGCUUCAUAGCCUCUGAUCCCAAGCCUCACCAAAUCAGCUUCGCUAGCAUCCCAAACGUUCUUCCAUCUGAGCUAGUUCGCAGUAAAAACUACCCUGAAUUUUACGAUGCAGUGAUGACAAAAAUGGAAGCUCCAUUUGAAGAGUUAAUGGGUCGAAUUCAGCCUCCGGUGACGGUGAUUAUAGCAGACACCGAACUUCUUUGGGCCAUUCCCGCCGGCCGCAGGAGGAAUAUUCCGGUGGCAUCGCUCUGGACAGCGUCGGCGUCAGUCUUUGCAACCAAAUGUGAAGAGUUGAAGAUGGAUUUGUUAGAUGGAGAGCUGAAAUUGGACCAAACAGGUGAGCUGGGAGAGCUAGAGGACCCAAGAGUAAUCAAGCUCGCUAUGGAGUGCAUUGCAAUGGUUUCGAAAGCGAAUUACCUACUAUUGAGUUCAGUGUAUGAGCUUGAAUCCAAAGUUGUAGACACUUUACGAACAGAAUGCACUUUCCCUGUGUACCCAAUUGGUCCGGCAAUACCUUAUUUAGAGCUUGAAUGUGACAAUGGCCUUGACUAUCUGAAAUGGCUAGAUUCCCAACCUAAAGACUCUGUCUUGUACAUCUCGUUGGGGAGUUAUCUUUUGGUUUCGAGCACCCAAAUGGACGAAUUUGCUGCUGGGCUUCGAAAGAGUGGGAUUCGGUUCUUAUGGGUUGCUAGGGGAGAGAGUGCUAGGUUGAAAGAGAGGUCUGGUGAUAUGGGGUUAGUGGUGCCAUGGUGUGACCAAUUGAAGGUGUUAUGUCAUACUUCUGUUGGUGGUUUUUGGACUCAUUGUGGGUGGAACUCGACUCUAGAAGCUGUGUUUGCUGGUGUUCCAAUGCUUACUUCCCCUUUGGCUUUUGAUCAAUUUCCUAACAGUUGGCGAAUUGUUGAAGAGUGGAAGAUUGGCCGCCAGGCAGUUAAGAGAGAGGUAGAAGCUGAUCAAGACUCGAUGACAAGGGAAGAUAUUGCUGACAUUGUGCAGAGUUUCAUGGAUCUUGAAAGCAGUGAUGGAAAGGAGAUGAGAAAAAGAGUGAAGGAACUCAGCACUUUGUGUCACGGAGCAACUGCAAAAGGUGGUUCAUCUGAUAAGAACCUUGAUGAUUUUAUCAUGGACAUAACCAAAGCUGCAGCUAUCUGAUAAAACCUCUUACCCAUAGCAUGAGGACAAUGGUAUGUGCAUGGCCUUGUAGGUUCAAUACUUCUAUAUAUUCAAAUUAGCCUUUAUGUCUGAAUAGGUGUAGGUGGAUACCAUAAACAUGAUAACAAUGGUGUACAUGGUCUUAUAGGUUCAGUAUAUGUUUUGAAAUCUAAAUAACUGCUUAAUGAUAAUAGUAAAACUUUGCAUAUCUUAUUUCCUUUUUGGCUAUCAUGAAGCAUCACAGUACUUUCUAUAUAUUUGUCAAUUGCUCUGGUACAGUAAAUAAUAAUAAUUGAGUUCUUUUCUUGUUGCUGGAGAAUACAAAUUUGGCUACUUAUGUUUUAGCAUUUGUUAGUAUCCGAUUUCAGUAAUUUUAAAGCAUAAAAACUCCCUACUUCCCUAUACAAGCGUCUCUCAUUUCAUCUGUUCUAUUACAUAUUAUAUUACCUUUGAAGCUUUCUUUCUGGCAUAAUAAAUCAAUUUAUUCCUAAACACCAAAAGCCAAUAGGGUCACUUUAGGGGAUUCUUCUACUUCAUAAUCCCCUGCAUAUGCUGUGGCCGGCCAACCUGCUAUCUGAUCAUCAUAGAAUUCGGACAUGGACUUCAUCAGUGGACAACUGGCCAGUAUCUGUCACGUGGUGGCCAUGCCCUAUCCAGGUCGGGGUCACAUAAACACCAUGAUGUACCUCUGCAAGUUACUAGCUUCACAAGAAACUGACAUUCUCAUCACCUUAGUCCUCACGGAAGAGUGUUUAGGCUUCAUAGGCUCUGAAGACAAGCUGGACAACAUUCGGUUUGCCACAAUUCCCAAUGUUCUCCCAUCAGAGCUGGUCCAUGCUGCCGACAUGAAUGCCUUCAUUGAAGCUGCCUUAUCCAGAAUGGAAAUCCCAUUUGAUCAGCUCUUGGAUCAGCUCAAGCCACUGCCUACUUUGAUAGUGGCUGACACUUUCCUGCCUUGGGCAGUCAGUGUUGGAAAUCGAAGAAAUAUCCAAGUAGCAUCGUUUUGGCCGAUGUCCGCAUCCAUUUUCUCUGUGUUCCAAUAUUUUCAUCUUUUUGCCCAAAAUGGGCACUUCCCAGUUGACUUGAUAGAUGAGGGCAAUGAAUGUGUGGACUACAUCCCAGGAGUUUCUUGUACAAGAUUGGCAGACCUUACUAAUUUCAUCGAUGGAAGCAAACCAUAUAUGCUGGGAAACAUCAUUGAAGAUUUUUCUUGGGUCCCCAAAGUACAAUAUCUCUUGCUUGCUUCUAUCUAUGAGCUUGAAACUACAGUCAUUGACAUUUUAAGAUUAGAAUUUUCACUGCCUGUUUAUACAAUUGGUCCAUUGAUACCUCACUUCAAAGCUAAUGACCCUCCUAGUAGUGGUCUAGACUAUCUAGAAUGGCUAAAUUCUCAAACUUUUUGCUGUGUCUUGUACAUCUCAAUGGGAAGCUUUCUUUCAGUCUCUUGUGCCCAAAUGGAUGAGAUUGCAGCCGGUUUGUGCAAGAGCAGUGUUCGAUUCUUUUGGGUAGCUCGUGGUGAAACCGGUAGGUUACGAGAGGUUUGUGGUGAUAAGGGGUUAGUAGUGCCCUGGUGUGACCAAUUGUGAGUGUUAUGACAUCCUCGUAUUGGGGGGUUUUUGACUCCUUGUGGGUGGAACUGAUAAGAGCACAAAGUGUGACAUUUUUAAUAUGUAUUUUCCCUCAUUUGGCUAAGUUAUUCUCUUAAAAUUAAUAAUUAUAAUAAAAUUUAUGUUUUUAGUUACUUCAAGGUCGGAAAUGGUGAAAAUAGGUAAAAAAGGGCAUAAAUGAGCAUAAAUUAAGGACAAGUCAUUUUAGAAACUUUCCUCUUUCAUUUUAGGAAAUAGGGGGAAGGGGAAAUUACUGGUC